AUGGAGGUUGUGCCAUCGGCACAACAGAUGAGGGCAAUGUGGUGCAGAGAGAUGGAGUGGCUCUUAUACGUGAGUGAUUCCAUGGUAGAGCUUAUGCCUUCCAUACAGCAAUUCCCCCGUGGAGGCACAUAUGAAGUAAUGGCAACAAGGUCGUGGUUAGAUUUGCAUAUAAAUCUCCCUUAUCCAUUAGGUAUGUCAAGUGGAAGGCCUUCAAUUAGGCAGGAAGAGAAGUGGUGGCUCCCGAACCCAAAAGUUCCUCCAAAAGGGUUGUCAGUGGAUGCAAGGAAGAGGUUGCAGCAACGCAGGGACUGUACCAACUAG